AUGAUUCGGAACGCUGUAACUUUGCUUGGCUAUUUGGCCAUAGCGGCUUGUGAAGCUGGGAUUGGCGAUGGGCGAUAUCACAAGCUACCCGGGACAGCGGACUACGAGCUGAUCAGUGCAUAUGAGGACUUGGUCUCCACCAUCACCAAUCAUGUGGACUUGGGCUUGCAGGACUUACCAAAAAGACUGAUCCUCUUCAGCGUGUGGUACAUUGCUUCUCGAAGCUUGAAUGAUGCGCUGGGAGGUGGCGACUGUGCAUGUAAGGAGGGCUCCCCCAAGUCCUUCAAGCCUUACGUCCGCACGAGGAUCUGCAAACUGGAUAUGUCUGCCGUGCAGACGGUGAGCCCGUUUCUCUUUGGCGAGGAUCUUCCCAGCUCUGAGCUGACACCAGCCGAGCUUUGGGCGCACGUUGCCAAGCGAGCUUUGUACCUUUCUGAAAUCAGCCGGACUUACCCUGGUGUCAUAGCAGAAACAUCUUUUCAAGCAUCGAUGCUCUCGCUGUCGCACUUGGCAACUUCUCUUCCUGAGCUGGGGACAACUUGGAUGAGCGGGAGACCACCCAGACUCGUGUUACCGCAUUGCACCGCCGAUGACUUUGCUGGAGCCUUCUGGUGGGAGGGUGUGGCGUCCCACAGCAGCGAGCACUGGCUUUAUCCCGUCUUGAACAAACUGGGGGAAGGCUCACACGUUGGAAUGGUCUUACGCCCAUCUCCUGCUGUCCUACUGCUUGAAGAGGGCUGUGAACUUAACCCCAGGAUGCCUUUGAUGCAAGACCCGAUUCGGUGCUUGCAAGAUUCUGGCGGCUGGGAUGUGGUCGCCAUGGUCGAUGGCUUGGACAACUUCACAGCAGUCAGUGCAGAACAGGGCCGCAUUCCCGGAACAGUGGUAAACGAGACCUUCCGACUGGACUGGAACAAGGAAGGUAAAGUGACAAGUUUCAAGUUUGGCAAGAUCGUCCGAAGCCCCAGGCGCGGUGGGCGAACGGCAAUGCUUCCUAGAACGGUUGAUAUCCUUGUGGUCACACCUCAAGGGGGCAACUGCUACGAUGCAGCAGAGAUGAUUCCACCUGUUCGAAGCAACAUUCGUCUCGUCGUGGUGCCCAUCAACCCGCUCUAUGCACCACCCACGCGGCUGGUGCCUGACUUUGCCGGCACACUGCCUCAACGUAAAGGACUGGCUGAUCUGAAAUCCAAUGACAGGCACAAACUGCAGCGGCUUCUCUUUCUGAUGCAUUGCUCCCUGCAAAGCGCUGUGGAUCUCAUGACGCCACGUUUCGUUCUGCUGUUUGUUGACGGAGCGCGCGCUGUCUUUGCGGAACGAUCUAUAGCCCACCGAUACUGCACCCCCGUGGGCAGUGGGGAAGCCUGUGCUCCGCUUCAGACGCUCUGGCAUCGUGGAGCAAGCUGUUCGCCUGCCACGCUGCAGCUAAUCCCGAGAGAGAAUGACCAGCCACUGAAGGAGGCAUCCAAAAGCACCAGCUGA